GGCUUGCAGCCGCCACUGGCGGGGCGGGGAGGACCCCUGGGCUCCAGUCCAGCCCGCCGCGUAGCGGACAUGGCGGGCUCCCGGCUCCCUCGGCAUCUCUUUCUCCAGGGCGUGGCUGCCAUCUUCAUGUUCGCCUUCGCUUCCCUCUACACGCAGAUCCCGGGCCUGUACGGCCCUGAGGGCAUCCUACCUGCACGGAGGACGCUGCGGCCGCAGGGAAAGGGACGCUGGCAGCAGCUGUGGGAGACCCCAACGCUGCUGUGGGAGGCACCACGUCUAGGGCUGGACACGGCGCAGGGCCUAGAGCUGCUGAGUCUGCUAGGCACCCUGCUAGCCCUGGGAGCACUGCUGCUAAGCCAGCUGCGCCAUCUCCUCACCUACCUGCUGCUCUGGGCCGCCUACCUGUCUGUCUGCCAGGUGGGCCAGGUGUUUCUUUAUUUCCAGUGGGACUCCCUGCUCCUGGAGACUGGCUUCCUGGCAGUGCUGGUGGCACCUCUGAGGCAGCCCCCCCACCGCAAGCAGGCGCCCCAGAGCAAGCUGGCAGGGGCUUCACCCCACGAAGGCCUCUCCUUCUGGCUUGUGCGCUGGUUGCUGUUUCGCCUCAUGUUUGCCUCGGGUGUGGUCAAGCUGACCAGCCGUUGCCCUGCGUGGUGGGGGCUCACGGCCCUCACCUACCACUAUGAGACGCAGUGCUUGCCCACGCCUGCUGCCUGGUUUGCCCACCACCUGCCCGUCUGGCUGCACAAGCUCAGCGUGGUGGCCACUUUUCUCAUUGAGAUUGCAGUGCCCCCUCUGUUCUUCGCUCCCAUCCGUCGUCUGCGCCUGGCUGCCUUCUACUCCCAGGUCUUGCUGCAAGUCCUGAUUAUCCUCACUGGCAACUAUAACUUCUUCAACCUGCUCACCCUCGUGCUCACCACCGCCCUCCUGGACGACGCACACCUGCUGGCCGAGUCUGGCAGCCGCCGGCGCAAGAAGAUGCCCACCUCCUGGCCCAGGGCUCUGCUGGCUCUGCUGGCCCUGCUGCUGGAAUUGGCCGUCUACGGGCUGCUGGCCUACGGCGUGGCACACUGCUUCGGCCUGGAGGUGGACUGGGAGCAGUAUGCCGUUCACUCUAGAACCACCUUCACCUUCCACCAGUUCUCCCAGUGGCUGAAGACGGUGUCCCUGCCCACCAUGUGGCUGGGGGCAGCCUCCCUUGCCUGGGAACUGCUGACCGCGCUCUGGAGGUGGACCCAGGUGCGGGGGUGGCUGCAGAAGUUCUGUGCGGCAGCCCAGCUGUCCAUCGUUGGCGCUGCCACGGUGGCUCUGUUCAUGAUCAGCCUGGUGCCAUACUCCUACAUGGAGCCCUCCACCCAUGGGCGCCUCUGGACUGGGGCCCACCGCCUGUUCGGCACUGUGGAGCACCUCCAGCUGGCCAACUCCUAUGGCCUGUUCCGCAGGAUGACUGGCCUGGGCGGGCGGCCUGAGGUGGUGCUGGAGGGCAGCUAUGAUGGGCACCACUGGACGGAGAUCGAGUUCAUGUACAAGCCCGGGAACGUGAGCCGGGCACCCCCUGUCGUGACGCCCCACCAGCCACGCCUCGAUUGGCAGAUGUGGUUCGCGGCCCUGGGUCCGCACACACAGAGUCCCUGGUUCACGAGCCUGGUGCUCCGCCUACUGCAGGGCAAGGAGCCUGUGAUUCGCCUCGUCCAGAACCACGCGCCCACGUACCCCUUCCACAAGCAGCCGCCCACUUAUGUGCGGGCCCAGCUCUAUAAGUACUGGUUCUCGCAGCCCGGGGAGCAGGGCCGGUGGUGGCGCCGCCAAUGGGUGGAGGAAUUUUUCCCUGCGGUGUCGCUGGGGGACCCGACGCUGGAAACACUGCUCAGACAGUUCGGCCUUCAGGACAAGAGCCCCCCACGGGCCCGCAGCUCCAGCAGUCCCCUGACCGAAGCCCUCUACUGGGUGCGGAAACAGCUGUCUCCCCUGGAGGCCCCCACCCUGCUCUGGGGGCUCCUCGCGACGGUGGGGGCCAUUAGGGUCAUGCAGGCCCUCCUGGGCCCUCGGCCCUCCCCUCCCGCCAGGGAGAAGCAGAGGCCAGCACCCAGGGAGGACUCAGGAGCCACCAGCAAGCAAGCUGCCCCAGCUCCCAAUAACAGCAGCCGUUCUCAGACCCCCCGGCGGAAAAAGUAGCCUCCUUCUGUCAGCCAGACGUCCCGAGAGGGUCAGGGUCCCCGUGCGACUCUGGCUUUCUGCAGCGGGACAUGGCCCAGCCACUGUGCCUUAGCCAACUGCCACGCGGAGGCCGGCCGGGGUGCCCCCUGUGGGCAGACUCUGGCGGCCCUUCUGCUUUGAGGGCCCACUCAUGCUCCCACCUCAACCACGUCCAGUCCCAGGACACCCGCUGGCCUGAUCCAUGGCCCAGGAGGCCCCUGCAUGACCUGCCCAGGGUCCUUCCCAGGACAUUGUCAACAGGGCCGGGGAGGCCCUUUCCCUCUGCCCCCACUGUAGGGUCCACGCCCACCACCCCAACCCUGGCUCCUGCACAAGGGGCUGAGGCUGCCCUGCUGGGAUGAGCAGGAGAGAGGUUCGGGUGGCCUCUGCGGCUCGUUGGAUCUGUGAGCCAAUAAAGGCGGUUCGUGCAGGA